AUGAACCGAUGUCAUCUAGCCCCUGGAGAGAAGCUGAAGCUGGGGAAUAGUAUAGAUGCUUCCCUAGACCUUUGGUCCAGAGGUGAUGUUCAGACCUGCACUGACUGGGGAGCCCCUGUGAUCUGGGAUGGGAUGUUUGACCCAGAUCAUUACGACCAGGAGCACAGGAGGAACCAUUCCUCUGUCUCUCUCACUGUAUUCGCUGUGGGCAGGUAUCUAGAUGCCUACCUGGAGGCAUUCCUUUUGUCCGCUGAGCGUCACUUUAUGGUGGCUUUACCUGUGACAUACUAUGUGUUUACGGAUGUUCCCGAGAGGGUACCAAACAUCCAGCUCGGUCCUGGGCGGAGCCUGAAAGUUGUGAGGGUGCAGAGACACUCUCGCUGGCAGGACAUCUCCAUGAUGCGUAUGAGGGCCAUUGCAGACGCCAUUGAGUCACAGAUUCGCCGAUACAGCCGCUACGUCUUCUGCUUUGACGUGGACCAGGUGUUUGUGGGUCGGUUCGGCUCAGAGGCUCUGGGAGACUCUGUGGCUCUGCUCCACGCCUACUACUACCACCGACCACAGAGCCUGUACACCUACGACCGCAACCCCAGGUCCAGGGCCUACAUGGAGACUGGGGACUUCUACUAUCAUGCUGCUGUGUUUGGAGGCUCGUGGCAGACAGUGAAAAAUAUGACGGAGACCUGUUACCAGACCAUCAUGGAGGACAAGGAGAACCAGGUGGAGGCUCUGUGGCAUGAUGAGAGUCACCUCAACAAGUACCUGUGGCUCCAUAAGCCCAGUAGAGUGCUGUCUCCUGAGUACUGCUGGAGCAGUGACAUUGGUUACCGUGGUGACAUAUAUGUGACCCGCAUGCUCUGGGCAAAGAAAAAAUAUGACACACUCCGGAUUACAGAGUGA